CUGCCGCAGCAAUGGACGCUUUUGAACUGUUUAAGAAACUCGGGGCCGGAGCUAAAUUUGACUUAAAGAGAUUUGGCCAAGACGCUGCUCGGUUUAAGGUGGCCAGAUCUCAGGGUGGGGAACUAUCGCUGGAUUCCCUUUCUGGGAUCAACUACUUCGGCCCAGGGGCGGCUAAUGGAGUCCAGAGCUGGAGCCAAGGAGAGAAUGAAGAGGAGAAGAAAGACUGUGAGAGCAGUGACAGUGAAAACUCAGAGGAGGGUGGCAAAAGAAAGCACAAAGUGCAAGAAAAAGACGUAAAGCAGAAAAACAAGAAAACUAAAAUCAAUCAGGUGGAUGAGAAAGGUUAUAACAGGCCGCUGAAUGAGACCCAGAAAGGUGGCAUCACCUGGACCUCCUCCCUGGACAGAAAGAUCCAAAACCUACAGAAAGAUGGGGAAGAGAAAUCCUCGCUUAAGAGGCUGAAGCAUCUUCAUCAGGAGAAGGUGAAUCGUAUCCGCGCACAGCACCGUAUAAAUGUUCAUGGCAGUGAUGUGCCUGACCCAGUUUGCUCAUUUGAGGAGCUUCAGUCUGAGUAUCAUAUCAACCCGCGCGUCAUCCAAAACCUCAAGGAAGCAGGACUAAACACGCCAACACCGAUACAGAUGCAGGCCAUACCGCUCAUGAUGCAUGGUCGGGAGUUGUUAGCCUGUGCUCCUACAGGAUCUGGAAAGACUUUGGCCUUCUCUCUUCCUCUGCUCGCUCACCUGCAGCAGCCAGCAAACUUGGGCUUCAGAGCUCUGAUUAUCUCUCCAACCAGAGAACUGGCCAGCCAGACCUACAGGGAGCUGCUGCGCCUAUCGGAGGGCGUCGGCUUCAGAGUUCAUAUCAUUGAUAAAGCUUCUCUGGCAGCUAAGAAAUACGGUCCGCAGUCCAAUAAAAAGUAUGAUAUACUCGUCAGUACUCCAAACAGACUGAUCUACCUUCUCAAUCAGGAUCCUCCAGGAAUCAACCUGAGCAGUGUGGAGUGGCUGGUUGUUGACGAGUCUGAUAAGCUUUUUGAGGACGGAAAGACGGGCUUCAGGGAGCAGCUGGCGACCAUUUUCCUUGCAUGUUCCAACGCUAAGGUGCGCAGGGCUUUUUUUAGCGCUACUUGUACGCAAGAGGUGGAACAGUGGUGCCGUCUGAACCUUGACAACCUGGUUUCUGUAAACAUCGGACACAGAAAUGCAGCAGUGGAGACGGUGGAACAGGAGCUGCUGUUCGUCGGGACAGAGAACGGGAAGCUCGUGGCCAUGAGGGACCUCAUCAAAAAAGGCUUCCUGCCUCCCAUGCUGGUGUUCGUUCAGUCCAUAGAGCGAGCGCGGGAGCUCUUCCACGAGUUGGUGUACGAAGGCAUCAAUGUUGACGUGAUCCACGCCGAACGCACGCAGCAGCAGAGGGACAACGUGGUGAACAGCUUUCGUUCGGGUAAGAUCUGGGUGCUGAUCUGCACGGCUCUGCUCGCCAGAGGAAUCGACUUCAAAGGUGUCAACCUGGUGCUGAACUAUGACUUCCCGACGAGUGCUGUGGAAUAUAUCCACAGAAUCGGUCGUACGGGAAGGGCAGGACAUCGGGGAAAGGCCAUCACUUUCUUUACGGAAAACGACAAACCAUUGCUGCGGAGCAUUGCUAAUGUUAUUAAACAAGCUGGGUGCCCUGUACCGGACUAUAUGAUCGGCUUCAAAAAGAUCCACAGCAAAGUAAAGCGAAGACUAGAGAAGAAACCUCCUAAGAGAGACACCAUUUGCACAACUCCUCGCUUCCUCAUGAAGAAGAAAGCCAAAGCAGAGAAAAAAGGACAGAAGAAAGCAUCAGAGGAAAAAGGAGAAAAUGACCCACCGACAGCACAACAGCAGGACAAGAAGAAGAAGAAAAAGAGCGGAAAGGCUCAAAAAGGACAGAAAGAAGGAAAUCCCAAAGAAUUAGUUCAAAAAAAGGGUUCAAAGUCAUCUGGAGCCAAAUUGAAAAAAAACAGAGCCUGAGGAA